AUGGACAACAUGCACUUAGCCCUUGAAAAGUUUGCCUUGGCCCAAGCAGCAGCCAUUCAAGUCAUGGUAUCAUUCAGCAUACAAACUGCUCUGGCAUUGACAAUGAUGUACCAGUACAAGCACCCUACCCUCCAGAUGUCAUAUAAUGUCCCCCUCCCCCCCUUGGAGACCCAUCCAUCUGUUCCACUGCCUACCUCAGGACUCAUGCCUUCCAGUACUGCCAAUUCUGUGUCCCCCAUCCCGGAUAAAAUCGGCACUCCAGAAGAAGAAUGUUCAGCAGUCGACGAUGACAGCUGCGGUGGAGCUGAUGUUGUAACCGUCGCCCGGGCCCCAGAAAAGAAGGACAAAAAGAAUGACAUUGACUGCAUGACAACACAAGACAGUAAGGAAGACACUGCACCCCUGUCUGCAGAAAGAGAUCAGUACAUGGAAAGGCAGAAGAAGAACCGAAUGCUAUAA